AGCAUGUCUGCCAAGUCCGUUAUUACAACUCUCGCCUGGUUCAGAUUGACUGGUUCUGUCACAAUAGUUUGCUAGUUUUAAAAAGCAAAGAUGAAAUUUGCUACAAUUUUUGCCACAGUUGCAAUCUGUACAACUUUCCACAAAUGUAAUGGAAAAUCAAAGCCCAAGCCGUCUUGCAGUUAUCCUCCGUCGCAAUGGUGCCGGUCUUUGGAAAUUGCAAUAGAAUGCAAGGUUCAGAAGCAGUGUCUUGAGCUGAAUGCCACCAAGCCCAACCUGGCCGUUCCUCCAGUAGAGGUGACCCUGUACUAUGAGAGCUUGUGCCCAGGUUGCAGGACCUUCAUCAGCCAUCAGCUCUAUCCUACCUGGACCAUGCUCCAAGACAUCAUGGAGGUCAAGCUUGUCCCCUAUGUCAACACAGAGGGGAUUCCAACAGGAAGUGCUCCUUUCACCUGUCAACAUGGAGAGGCAGAGUGUGACAGCAACAUGAUUCAGUCCUGUAUUCUACAUUUAGCUGGUCACUCUGCCUUUCCUGUCAUUUACUGCAUGGAGUCUUCUGCAGAUGUUCUCAGAGCUGCCCAGCCUUGUCUGCAACUGCACGACCCCUCAAUGGCGUGGAACGACAUCACAUCCUGUGUGAAGGGAGAGCUGGGCCACAAGCUGAUGUAUGAGAACGCCUUGACGACCAGAGCCCUCAACCCUGCCCACACACACGUGCCUUGGGUCACAUUCAAUGGGGAAUACACUGUUGAGUUACAGGACAAGGCGAUGUCAUCGCUUUUCAAUCUGGUUUGCAACCUAUACAAGGGAGGAAAACCACCCGCCUGCACUGGAGCGCUGAAGAAACUUGACCGAAGCUACUGCUGAAAGCAAUAUAAUCUUGGCCUAGAUUUACCAACAGACAUUUGCUUGCUGGUUAAAUGUGAUACCUUUUUUUUAACACUUAAUACAUUUAAGGUACCUCAAAUAUAUAUUUUGAUGACAUUUUAAACAUAUUACUGCUAACUUUUUCAUACUUAAAGAUGUUUUUUUGUAUAUUAGACUAAGACAAGGUAAGAGAGAACCAUAUGUAUACAAGAGGUUUAACUUUUUUUCAUUUAUUGGUAUUUUGACAACAACCUGGAUUCCAAAGACUUUUGGCUUAAAAGAUAAAAUCUAGGAAAUUUAAUGGACAAACAUUGGAGUGUUAAAUAGUUGUUUUGGAAGGUAUUCUUGAUUCUUUUUCUUCAGGCUCUUAAACAUAUAAGGCAUUUUACAGUACUUGACAUACACAUAACUAUUCAACUUGGCACAACAUUGAGGAGAAAAUAAACAGAACAUUAUGGCAUAUCUUUCAUGUGUCUCUAUUAAAGCAAUAUUAUAGGUAAGGCAGGAACAAGCAAGCUGUUUCCUAAUGUUGUCUUUAACACUGAAUGGCACUGACUAAUAUUAUAUUUUACCCAUGAUGGCAUUCCAUCCUGUCCUAUCUCCUAUAACACUUAAGGCUUUGUAAAAGAGAGAUGGAGUAUUAAUCUCAUGUUCAUGAGACCAUGUGGUCUGUGUUGAAAUCUGGGUUGGUUUUGCUGUACUUAAUUUCCUGUUCGGAAGUUGUUUCGCCAUGAAGCGUUUCACAGCUAAGAAAACAAAACAUUUUCAAUGUCUUCCUCCUUUUCCUAUGUAUAAGAAACAAUAUAUGGUCUCUUUUUUGUUGUUGUGUCAGAACAGUUUUUCUGUUUCGUGGUUUCGACCCAUCUUGGAUUUAUUAGGCUGGGGUUCCAAGUUUUGGAUCGGGACCUAGAACUUGGUUUCUGGUCUUGACUCCAUCUCUGCUUUGUAGUCAAAGUUAAAUGCUAGCAUGUAAGACAUCACUACUAAAGAGUUAAC